GGAUAACAAAUAAAUUCAAUGCAUGUGGAAGAGGAGAGAGAACCUUUGAAGAGAGCUGAAGGGACUUGAACAGAUAAAAAAGCAUUUCAGUUGAGCACCAGAUGAGUGACUGAAGAAAACAUACAUACAAAAAGUGUAUGUAUUUGUUUAUUAAAAUCAGGGCACAAUAGUGCAUGAGAUUGAAGUAAGCAUUUCAGAAAAGUAGGACUCUUAAAAAAAGCCAGAACUCUUUGUAUCUAUUGUUUAGUCCAUGAUCCUUUGAAAUAUGUGAUUCUCUUCUGGUCUAAGCAUUUUUGUCUGGUUGGGUUUUUCCCUGUGUGUAAUCAAAGGUCAAAGGUUGGACUUGAUGAUCUUGGAGGUCUUUUCCAACCUUAAUGAUUCUAUGAUCAGUAAUGUUUGCCUGCUUUAGUGGCUCUUUGGCCUCUUUUUAAAAGAGAAUUAAGAGUUUUACUUAAUGAUAGGAAGGAUCUGGCACUGUAGGAGAGGCUUGAGGUGAGUGGGGCAGUGUGUAUGCACUGAAGUGCUUGGCAAGGUGAGGCUCAGGCCUGCCUUUCUGGUGUUUGUUUUGGGUGGUUUGUGCCUGCUGACUUUUACGGGGUUCCUUGCUCAGUGCUGCUGCAGAGGACUUCAGCUGUUAAAACUGGAUUUGAAAUUCCAUUUAGGAAAGCAGACACCUAGCAUAUAAACCUGGCUUCCUGUGUUAGACUGGGGUUUUUUUCUGAUAAGCUAAGCUUUUACUAACUGCUUUGCUAAACUUGUGAUGUCUACUGAUUCAGUUCAAAUGUUCCAUCUGGUGCUGAGUGCUGGUAGGGUGAUAAUUGCAGGUGAAUUAACUUAAACACAGUUGACCUGGAAGGGUGUUUUGAGGACGUUGGAUAUUUCACACUUUCCCUGUCAGCAUGGAGUUUCUCUGAUAACUUAGAAAUGGAGAUAAUGUUCUUUUACUGAUAGCAAAUGAAGGCAAGAGAGACCACUGUGUGCCAUGAAGAGUUGCUGCAGAGCUGUGUCUCCAGCAGGGCUGUGAGUUGCUCCUGGUGAAAGAGUGGGAUUAGAGCCUGCAGUUAUUUUCAGCUCAGGGACUUCACAGUGGUGGUAACCCUCAGCAGAAUCCCUUUCCAUGAGCUGGUCCUACCUCUCUGUGCAAACCACACAAACCACAGGAGCUUCUAGGCCUCCUCUUGCCUGGCAGAGAGUUUCCAGAGCCUUUCCACCUCAUGUGAAGGGCUGUGUUAUUUUGAGCCUUUCAGCCAGGCUUUGUUUGAUGUCCCCAUGGCGUUUGAUGAGUUUGUAGAUCUUGGUCCUGCCAGUUUUCUAAGCUGAAGAGGACCAGUUUAAUUCAUUGUUCCUUAAGCAGAACUCAUUGCCUCUAUUGUUCUACUGAGUGAAAGUAGAAAGUUUUCCAUUUUUCUAGUAAAUUUAAUUGCUGGGGAUUUGUUGGAUGAUAUCCAAGCCAUCCUGUGUUCAGGAGCUGUAAAUAAUUACGAGCAUUUGUAAGUGGUAACUAAGGGACUGCAUUAUUAAUAUUUGGCACAAGUCUGCUACUUGCAGAAAUAAAAUCAUCUAAACCUACUGAAGCUUUUCUGAGAAGGAAUGUGAAUUGUCUAGUGAUCCUUCCUAGGUCCACUGAGAUCAGACUGCAUAGGUCAUGGAAUGUUCUCUUUUGGAAUUAAAACAAUGGGUUGGAGAAACUUCUGGUUGCAACUGUUUGUCAGAUGUCCCUUUGCUCUGUGUUGCAUCCCUUCUUGAUUAGGUGGGGAAGGAGGUUGUUGUGUGGAUGGAUCUUUGAGUCAAGGAUGAGAAAUCAUUAAAAAAAAAACAGGCAUGCAGCCUUCAGUUUUAUGGAGUCCAUUUUUGGGGUUGGGUGGCUGUGAUUUGUUGUGUUGGGUUUUUCUGAGCAGGUUUCUUCCUCAGUUGCCCAUAUUUGGUCUUGUCAGGAUUUUAUCUCUUGGGGUUUUUUUGUAUGUGCACACUAUUUGUAUUGCACACUAUUUGUAUUGCACACUAUUCUUCCCAACUUGCAUUUCUGUUAUUUUUAAUUUUUGUAAUGGUUGAGAUGUCUGCAUAGCAAUAAGGAUCCCAUUAAGUGAACUGCUGGUGUUCCCUGAUCAUUCCUUUGCCUUUCUAAAGGCUGUCAUGAUUUGGGAACUUGAGUCUUUGUUCCAAAUACAGCAACAAUUUUAAAACUUCUUCAGUUUCAGUUGUAAUGUAAAAGUAUGCAUUCAAACUUGACUGUUGAUUUAAAUUAGAAAUCAUGGAUUUAAAAGCCUGUCUGGAAAAUGCCAAGUCUGAGGCUUGUAUCCAGCUGGAUCUCUGGCUGCUGAAUGUCACAGGUUUGGAAAUGUGGUGGUUCUCAACAUCAAUGUGAAUGUACAGAGGCACGAAAAAGGAAUAUGUUGUAUCAGCCAUUUCUCUGCAGGGCUGUCCUAUUGCUGUAGGCCUUUCUCAAGAAAAUAAAGCUUAUACUCCCGCUGCAGCAGUGACUGCAGAGUGGAUGGAAAUACUCCUCUACUGUGUCUGUAUAUUAAUAACUUGCCAUUCACAAAAGAGCAGAGAAAAUGUCACAGUGCAGAUGUGGAUCAGUGGAAAGGUUUCAGCACACCUUGUCUUGUUCAAACCGAGGAGGGAUUUGUGUGUUGAAAACAAAUCCUGUGGGAGCGCUGAAAACAUCUUGAAAGUGCAGAAAGGCUGUAACAAGGUUAUUUUAACUGCUUAUUGUAGUUGGAUGGGACAUUUCUUCCCUUCCCCUUCUCUGGCAUGUCUCCUCCCCUUGCUUUGAGCUGCUUCUGGGUAACAUCUGACCUUUCAGCAAGGCUCUGGGGAUUUCUGAGCCCCCAGAAGACUGUGCUUUCUCUCAAGUUAUUGUUCACCCUGAUGAAUUCAACACACUGGACAUGCAGGCUCUGAGGAUUUCAUAAAAGUCUCUGCUAGAGUACUGGAAGGGAAAUCUGGAGGAAGAGUGACAAGAGACUAAAAAAGCAAGUAAAGCCAUCCCUUUGGCACUAAGGUGGUCUAUCAGCUGUUCUGUGAAACUUUGCUGUGAGGUUUACAGCAGUAUCUCGUGCUUAUCCUGAGCUAGACAAAUACAACUUUUUCCAAGCAAUAUUCUGAUGGCUUUUCCCUAAACUAUCACUUGAUUUGCUCCAUCAAGUCUUACUUUAAAUGCUGUAAUUACAAACCCUCAAAACCAAAACCACUCAAAAUGCUGGCUUUAAUGAGGUUCACUCUGUAGGGUGUUUGGGGCUCACCUUAAACACGUGUCAGUUGCACAGACAUUCCAUUUUAUCCAAGGAAGAGAGAAGGAAGCAUGAAAAGUAGCUAGUGCUGCAGUAGAAGCCAAGAGCAUUCAUUUAAGUGUUCAGUAUAUGGUGCAAUGAGACAUCUAACUUUACCUUUAAUGUCCUGCUGAGGGACUUCUUUGGGUUGGCAUUGUGGUUUCCCUGUCCUGCCAUCCCGUGCCUUGUUCCACAGCAGUCCUGAGCACAGCUCUGGCUGGACAGGGAGUUGUCAGCUACAGCAAUUCUGCUCCUAAUGCACUGUGUCAAUAUUAGUGCUGGCCUGGGGGGCCUUGGGAGCUUGCCCUACUUCUCAGUGUUCUCUGUGGCUGCGCUUCCAGCUGCUUGUGUGGCUCUCUGCGAAGGGCAGAGUGUGGGAUAAUGCCCACUGGGAGCUGUCAUGGCUUGGGAAGGCUGCCUUUCUCAGCCUUAGCAGCAAAUCCCUCCUUCAAAAACCUGGAUUUCAGCUAUGGGUGGUGGUGUUACCUCUGGAGUGUCAGAUUGUGUUCUUUUCUGACCCAGAGAUGGGAAAACUGAGAGGUGUUUUGAAAACUUUUAUUCCAUUUUCAGUCUCAUGGGAAGGGUGAGACAAUAUACAUAUUAUAAUUCACACCAUCACAAUGAGAAACCAACUAUUUCCUAAUUGCAAUACAUUAUAGGUGCUUCUUGGCCUAUCAGCUUUUUUGCCACAUCAGCUUUUUGCCAGUUUACUUACAAAUCUAUUUCCCACGCUGGAGCAUUAACCCAGACUUGAAAGUGACACGUGUAUCUUUUUUUGAAGUGUGUUUCUUUACGUGUUUUCCAUAGAACAAUUUAGGAAGUGCUAAGUUGUUGCAGUGUCAGAGUUUCACUGUUUGGUUUGGAUUUAACUGGCAAAUAGUGUGACUUCAGGAAAGGAAGCUGCUGAGCUUAUUCAUGCCAGUGUUUAUUGUUGCUCCACCAACAGAGGGACUCCAAUUGCAGGUGCAUGUGUGGGGAUAAGUUUUCUUAAAACUGGAAAUUUGUCGAUAAUUUUGGAGUUGCACAUUUCUGUUUCCACACAAACUUUAAUGUAUACAGUGGUUAUGCCAUCAUUGUACGUUCUCUGGAUUUAUUUUUUUUUUUUACCAGAUUCUGGCUUGUACACUUAACGAAAAGCUGUGAUGCCCUCUUAUCCAAAAAGCACUGGUAGUGUAGGAGAACAAAAAUUAAGUUGAGCCUCUAAGAUAGUCUGAAGGAAAAAAUGUAGACAUUCACAUGGAUGUGAUGCAUUUGUGUUUGACAGCUGAUUUUGUGUGAAGUAAAAAAGAGCUUGUAAGAAACCAGUGGGAAAAAAUGAGCCUGUGGAGGAUAUGUGAGCUAGAGGAAAUGGUGGAGAGGCAGCCAGGGUGAGGAAACCCCAGCUUGGUUCCAGGCAGGGUGAGAGUUUCUUCCUUUUCCCAGGGCUUGCUUUAGGAUGGAAGGGAAAGUGACAGCCUGUUGGCUUUGCUUUGUCAGGCUGGCAGAGUGCUGAGAGCAGGGGUGGCUUCUUCCAGCCAGAGAUGAAAUCCAGCAGGACCAGAGGGAAUAUGCAAAAACUGGAAAUGAAAGUAUCAGCUAUAAAUAGCACCACCUGUCUUUGCUCCUUCUGGUGAUAUUUUUGCCCUCUUGUUCCAAUGCUUUGUUCCCUGAAGAUAUAAAGUAUUUAGCUGCAGUUUGGCAGUAGAUCUCUGAAUGAAAGGUCUGGCACAUGCCAAAUGUGUUUGGGUUUGUUGUAGUAAUAAUAUGACUGGAAAACAGCUCUGUGCACUAUCUUUAAAAGUAUUUGGACCAGGUGGUUCAAUUCAAAAGAAAACUAGGAUUUUCACCUUAAUAGAUGCACUUCAAAGGCUGAAAGAAGUGAGUAGUGGUUUAAUCUAUUCAGCUGAAAAAUGGCUAACUUCCCAUAAUGCAUAAACUUUAAAAGUCAAGGGAGAAAAUAUUACUUGGGUAGUAUUAUUCAUACCAUGACUUGAAUGUAUUGUCUGGUUUGGAUGCCUACAGUGCUGCAGUAAGAGGAGGGAAGGAAAUGAGGACCUGACAAAAGCCCAGAAGGACUUGGUGGCUGGAAGCUGGAGUAACUAAUGGGGUACUAAGAUAGUGCUGUGCCAGUGAGAAGACGGCUUGAGUUAAAGCUUGUGCUCACUGGAAAUGCUGAAGUCAAGAGAUCCUGUUAAAGUACAAGCAGUAGUUCUGAGCUUGAGGAAGAAGCUCUGGAAGGGUUUCCAUGGUGUGCCAAGUCACUGGUCACAGGGUAAAAUUCUACUUUUGACACAAAGAGGAAGAGUUUGACUAGGCUGCUGAUUCAUUCUAAAAACAGAUUUCUUUGAACUUCCGAGAAUUUUGCCUUCCUGCCACUGAAAGACAACUUCUGAGAUUAUGAACUACAGGAAGAAUAUUUGCUGGGCUGUGAGGAUCCACGAGCUUCACUGAGCUGCAAUAAGGAAAUUAAAUUUGCCCAGAUCAUAUCACAGUCAUAAUAAUACUUACAGUGUACAGCUGGGCUUUAUUCAUCAUCUCUAGAUUAGAAGAUGUGCAUUUAAACAAUAUGAAACUUACUUGUUCUCUUUGGCUAAUUAAAGUCUUUAAGACCUGUGUCUAAAACAUCUGUCUGCUGUAAACUGGUGCUCGUAUUUAGGAGCUGGAUGAAAUCUUGAAGCAAAAAGCUGCAUCUUUUGGACUGCAAGUGCAAAAGGAGCCAUUCCCAGCUGUGAGUUACAGAGGCACUGAUUGUAAAUUCCCUCUGUUUGUAUAACAUGGGGAGUGAGUUAAGCAGCUUACCUACUUGUUAUCUUGUAUGCUGCUCCUGCUCCAGAAAUGUCAGUCCAGGUUGUGUACAGUCCUCUUACAGAGAAAUUUCUAAUCUUCUAAAAAAUUUUGGCUUUGAAGUCGACUCUACAGUGAAUCUUCUGUUGCUGACGGAUCAGAAGUAAUGUGUACAACUUGGGAGACUUCACAGAACCACUGCCUCCUCAGCUGAGAAGGUUUUUGUUGUUUUGUGGGUUUGGGUGUGUGUUUCUCAUCAAAGCACGCUGGAAGUACACGAGCUAUUAAAGAAAUCAACUUUGGUUAGGUUUUUCCUUGAAGCCCAUUAAUGUUGGAUAAUUGAUUUACCCACAUGGUAAGAUGGAUUUUCCUGUCUUUCACACGCCCUGCUCUGCCUCCCACCCUCUCCAAAUCCCUUGGUGGGCUUAGGCUUGGUGAGCAAGGACUGCAUCCUGUGCUUGUGAAACAGCAGGUCCCUCACACAUUAGAGGCUGGAGCUGGCUUGGAAACUCAGGACUUCAGCUAUGUUUACAUUGCACUAAUUGAGGGGGUAGAUUUAUUUUGUUGUGCCUGGGUCUGUUUCUUUUAACUCUGUCAUUACUAAAAGAACAAUUGAUUUUGAUGUCAAAUGGGCAGAUUGAAAUAACUGGCCCAAAGGACUUAAAGUUUCUGUUAUCUUUUGAUUUUAAAUCUUCUCAUUCUCCCCAGUCUUGAAAAUACAAUACCUUGUUUCUUCUCACACAUACACAAAAUCUUCUGAAGGAUUGGAAUAAACAAAUAUUAAAUAUCACAUCCUAACAUAGAUUUUUGUGAACUUACUUUACCAACAUUUAACAGUAGUGGACCCUAUUUUUAAUGUUACUUUAUUCCAUAACUUAUAUUACAAAAAUUCUGGGGUGCUGUGCUGAACAACAUUUUUGAAGCAUUGUUUUAAAGUAUGUUGGCUUGGGUGUCUUGGAUUUAAGUAAUUAAAACCUUUCUGACAUUGGGCUCAGCCCUUUUUCUACUAGCAGCUGAAUUUCUAAGGAUGUCUGAUUUUUAUUCUAUUUUAUGGAAUAAUGGCUGUAUCCCUUUCCAGUGAAAUCAAUCCGGAUGUUUUAGAGCAGCAGGACCUGUUGGAAUUCUAAGGCAUCCAGAGGUUUUUGAAAGUAUUUGACCAACAGAACAUGAGGCAUGGAAGAGUUCUAAGGUUAUCAGCUGCUUUGGGCUGAGCAUCAUCAUCUUUGCCCAAGUGGAUUUAGGCUUCCAAGACAGGCCUUCAGACAGUCCAAUGGCAGACCAAAGAAUGGACAUAUCUUCUACAAUUAGUGACUUUAUGUCACCAGACCCUGCUGACUUGAUCUCCAGUUCCCUUAGCACUUCAGGAAUGGACUGUAAUAGGAAAAGAAAGGGAAGCUCAACUGAUUAUCAACUCGAUGGCUUUCCUUUUGAGGAAGGUAUGGAUACAGAUAAAGAUGACCAACAUGGAAGAUUGGAGUAUGCAGACCAACAAGGCAGGAUAAAAAAUGCAAGGGAGGCUCACAGCCAGAUCGAGAAGCGGCGCAGGGAUAAGAUGAACAGCUUCAUCGACGAGCUGGCCUCGCUGGUGCCCACGUGCAACGCCAUGUCCCGCAAGCUGGACAAGCUCACCGUGCUCAGGAUGGCUGUCCAGCACAUGAAAACACUUCGUGGUGCUACAAACCCAUAUACAGAAGCAAACUACAAGCCUGCUUUUCUAUCAGAUGAUGAAUUAAAACACCUUAUUCUCAGGGCAGCAGAUGGAUUCCUUUUUGUUGUGGGCUGUGACAGAGGAAAGAUACUGUUUGUUUCAGAAUCUGUCUUCAAGAUCCUCAACUACAGUCAGAAUGAUUUGAUUGGUCAAAGUUUAUUUGAUUAUCUCCAUCCUAAAGACAUUGCCAAAGUGAAGGAGCAGCUCUCUUCUUCUGACACCGCGCCACGAGAAAGACUUAUAGAUGCAAAAACCGGACUGCCGGUCAAGACAGACAUCACGCCCGGGCCCUCGCGGCUCUGCUCCGGGGCACGGCGCUCCUUCUUCUGCAGGAUGAAGUGCAACAGGCCCUCUGUCAAGGUAGAAGACAAGGAUUUCCCUUCAACCUGCUCAAAGAAGAAAGCAGACCGCAAAAGCUUUUGCACUAUUCAUAGCACAGGCUACUUAAAAAGCUGGCCUCCAACAAAGAUGGGCCUGGAUGAAGAUAACGAGCCCGAUAACGAGGGCUGUAACCUGAGCUGCCUUGUUGCCAUCGGGAGGCUCCAUCCGCACGUGGUGCCGCAGCCGGCCAACGGCGAGAUCCGGGUGAAGCCCACCGAGUACGUGUCCCGGCACGCCAUCGACGGCAAAUUCGUCUUUGUAGAUCAGAGGGCAACAGCCAUCCUGGCAUACUUACCCCAGGAACUUCUAGGUACUUCGUGUUAUGAAUAUUUUCAUCAAGAUGAUAUAGCACAUCUUGCAGAGUGUCACAGACAAGUUUUGCAGACAAGAGAAAAAAUUACAACUAACUGCUACAAGUUUAAAAUAAAAGAUGGCUCUUUUAUUACGUUGCGGAGUCGCUGGUUCAGUUUCAUGAACCCUUGGACCAAAGAAGUAGAAUACAUUGUCUCCACAAACACAGUGGUUUCCACCACGGUCCUGGAGAGCAGGGACGCGGCCUUUCCGCAGCUGGCGGCGUCCCCACACAGCAUGGACAGCGUGCUCCAGGCUGGAGAAGGUGGCCCCAAAAGGACCCAUCCCACUGUGCCUGGAAUUCCAGGUGGAACAAGAGCUGGGGCAGGUAAAAUAGGGAGGAUGAUUGCUGAAGAAAUCAUGGAGAUUCACAGGAUAAGAGGAUCGUCACCUUCCAGCUGUGGCUCAAGUCCCCUGAACAUCACCAGCACCCCCCCGCCCGACACAUCCUCGCCAGGAGGGAAGAAGAUCUUGAAUGGUGGCACUCCAGACAUUUCAUCAGCUGGGCUGCUGUCUGGGCAAAUCCAGGAUAAUUCUGGGUACCCGUAUUCCGACAACUCCUCUAUCCUGGGGGAGAACUCCCACAUCGGCAUGGACAUGAUCGACACGGAGCAGGGCUCCAGCAGCCCCAGCAACGACGAGGCGGCCAUGGCGGUCAUCAUGAGCCUGCUGGAGGCCGACGCGGGGCUCGGCGGCCCCGUGGACUUCAGCGACCUGCCCUGGCCCCUGUGAGGGAGCCAGCAGCCAACAGCCAAGUGCAUUUACUGGUGGGGCUCUGCACUCUGUGAAACCCGUGGGACUGAGAGGCUUUUAUGUGGGAACUUCAUAAAAGCUGCGUCAGAAUGCAACUCAUCCUACCAUGUGUAACUUCAGACAAAGUGGAAUAACCUGCUACAGUGUUCUGUGUUGAUUUGGUUAGCUGUGUAUAGCUUGCAAUACUUGUAUAUUUUGGAUUCUGUUGUUUGAAAUUUUUUUUAAAUCACUGUGCAACUCACUGGCAUCAGUGGUAGCUUUUAUAUGCAAAUGACCAUUUCAGAUGUAUGGUGUGUUUUUACACUGCAAAACAGUCCCCAUGUGGAUAUUUCUUAUACUAAUUGUACCAUAAAGCCGUUUAUUCUUUCUUGUAAGAAUCCUUUACUAUAAAUAUUGUUAAAGUGUAAUGUAUUAGACAGUUAAAUAUUUUUAAAAUAAAUGUUUCCCUUGUUCUAAGAUGGAGCAUUUACUUUGAUAAAUAAAUUUGAUAAAACCCUGCUGAAGGUGCAUGCUAG